AUGCAACCACAUCCCAGGAGCGUCGAAUAUUUGACCACAACAGUGGACCCGCGCCAAAUCGCAGAGUUUCUCCACCUCGAGAUGCCCAUUCGGUACGCUGAGCGCAUACGUGCUUUGGAGCAGGUGCCUCGGUGGCGAACGAUACCGGACCUGGUCGAUGUGCAUGAUAUUCACGUGGCGUUGCUGAGGGAGCAAACUACUGUGGAGAAACUUGCGAAGUCGGUACACCAACUCCGUGAUGAUGCCGGUGAUGGCAUUACCGAUGAUUCUGUGUCUCAGUUCUUGGACGAUUUCUUGUUGAACCGCAUCGGAUGCCAAGUUUUGCUGGGACACUACUUGGCUUGUCGUGCAGGUCAGCGGAAUGGAAUUAUCGACACUCGCUGUGAUACCAGACGAGUAUGCCGUGCAGCUGCGGAGGCUGUGCUGGAUAUGUGCUGGGAAUGCACGGGAAGAAGACCUUCCGUCUUUGUCAACGCACAUUCGGCUUGCGGCGGCAAGGGCACGGAUGAUGGUCAAGUUCCACGCUUCCCUUACAUGCCGCACGUCUUGAAGUAUAUUGUGAGCGAGCUGCUCAAGAACAGUUGUCGUGCAACGACGGACAUGCUGAGCGCUCAUGACUUACAAUCAGAUGACUUCCCCAUCAACGUCAUUAUUUGCGCGGAUGAAGACCACGUGACGAUUUGCGUGACUGAUCAAGCCGGUGGUAUUCCGCGGGAGGCGAACCCGUGGUCAUACUUGUACACUACAGCGGAGGAUGGCGCCUAUGGUGGCACAAAGAAGCUUGCUGGUCAUGGAGUAGGUCUUCCCUUGUCGCGAUUGUACGCAAGAUACCUCCAUGGCUCGCUUGACUUGGUGUCCCUGCCUGGAUACGGGACGCACGCAUAUGUCAACUUGCCUAGAGUUGAAUCACAACAAGUAGAAGUUGUGCCAGAUGCGGACUACAAGUACGACUAUGCGAAUCUGCUGGACUUUACUGUGUGA